AUGUCUUCAGCUCGGGUCAUUGAAACUAUCCGUGAAUGCGUGUUUCUGGCCAAAGCAGUAGAUUCUUCUCCCAAAGACCUGGAAAAAGCCCUCCAAACACUGGCUUCCAUCACCAGGGUCAGUCCUCAAAACAGAACCUUGCUUGCUCAGACAGAUGGAGCUAUUCCUCUUUUGGCUUCUCUAACAAAUGCUUCCUCCUCCAUUGUCCAAACCCUCUCCUUAUUGAUCCUCUUCAACCUUUCCUUGAACGCUGACUUGAAGCAAUCUCUUGCUGACAUGGAAAUUAUUUACCACCUCAAUUCCCGCAUCAGCUCACCAACUUCUGACUCCUCCAAAUUAGCCUCCUCAUUGAUUUGCAGCCUGGCCAUGCUUGACAAGAACAAGGCCAAAUUCGGAGUCGCAGGCACGGUUCAAUUGUUGGUUAAGGCCGUGUCAACCUCUCUUGAUUAUGAUUCCCAUCACCUUUUAAGUUGCCUGGCUGAGCUUGUUCACUUCCAUGGGAAUUGCACUCUGGCUGUGCGAACAGGGGCAAUCCCCGUAUUGCUUCAAGUGGUUCAGAGCACUGGCAGUGAGGACUUAGCCGGAACUGCCCUUGCCGUUCUUAGUCUCCUUGCUAGGUUUGAUGAAGGGCUUAGUGCUUUGAAGAGCACUGACCAGAUAGUCCUUUGGAUGUUGCGUGUGCUGAAAGGAAGGUCCUUGCUGAGUAAGGAAGGUGCAGCUGAUAUCCUUAUCCGACUGUUUGAUGAUAGUGAAGAGUGUGUUAAAGAGGCUCUCAUGCUGCCUGAGUUCUCUGCAGUGAUGGCUGAUCUUUCUGUGAGGGGUUCAGUUAGAGUUCGGGAUAAAGCUGAUUUGAUCCUCAGAAAGAUUGCCAACGUUAAUUUACCCUCUACUGUGGAAGGGAACGCCCUGUAUAUUUAA